GGAAAGCCAAAGGGAGAGAUAGAGAGAGAAAGGGAAAGAUUUUAGAGAGAGAGUAACAUAGAGAGACGGGUUACUGAGUGGGAUCGCCGAGUUGGGGCGUGUGUGAGGCCGACCCAAAAACAAAAAAACACAGGGGGGAGUUUUUGGGUUUGGGCGUGGAAUUAGCAAAAAAAUGGUGAACAAGAAGUUUAUUAGUCUUCUACCUCUACCUCUACCUCUUCUCUCUCUCCUGUUCCCAUCAUCAUUCUUUACCCAAACUUCUCUUACCCUAAAACGCUCUCCUCCUUUUCUAUCCUCGCCGAUACCAAACACCGCCAUAUUUUCUCACACCCAACCUCAUAGAAUAAUAUUGACAAUAAUUCUCGUAUCUCUCCCUCUCUCUCUCCCUGGCUACUACUAUCUCUUCGCGCUGUUGUUUUGUUUCUCUUCUGGUUUUGUUCUUUUCUUUGGGUUUCUUCUCUGUCGCGGUUUUCCAUUUUGUGGUCGAAGACGAAGAAGCAUUGUCAAAGUUGCUGGAUAUUGUCAUUAUUUUUAUUUUUCAUCCAUCCUCUUUAAAGUAGUGGUGCCACAAGACGUGUGCAAUAACAGCGUUUCCUUCCAUGGAAGAGUUUGGAAGUACUCGGUUCAAUGGUAUUGGCAAUCCUGUAAGGAAGAAAAGGACUCAAACUUCUCGCCGACCCCGGCCUGAGUCACAGCCACUGGCUGAAUGUCAUGAUAAUUCACCCUUGUCCUCAACACCACCUUCAGACGAUGCAAGCAAGUUUUCUAGUGAUGAGAAUGCCAGUGGAGAUACUAAUUCUAGGAGGAAAGAGUUCAAUCUCAAUCAAUGUGUGUCCAGCGUUCCUUCUGGUGCCGGAGCUGAAAGUGAAAACUUCAAUGAGAAGAAUAAAAGAGGUGGAGAAUUCAAUGCAUUUUACAAUAAUGAGCCUGGCCGAAGUGGAUUUAAUAACAGACGUAGUAGUGAAGGAGUACUUGCCCCUGCUAACUGGAAAAGCACUAGCAAGUUGAAGGGUGGGUUUGAUUCGGAGUCGAGAAGUGUGGAUACAUUUGGUGGAAGGAAUGGUGAAAGUCUGAGUUCAGGGAAGGCAGGAGUCGUAACAGAUGGAUCUACAAAUGAGAAUAAGGUUAAAAUGGUUAAACUUAGGGUUGGUGGUGUGACACGCACAAUUCAAGCCAACACCACUUCUAGUGCAGUAGGGGGUGGGACUUCUACAAAUAGUUUUCGAUCCUCAGAUGCCGCAAGACUGCGGCAGCAGCAGAAUCUUCAGGGAAAUUCAGAUCAUAACUAUCCCCUCCAAGGAAUUCCGUGGAAGGAUUUCCCAAGAGGUGGUUUCAGUCUUGGGAAGGACGGGCCUUUGAUGGGGAAGGUGUCUGGAAAGACCACAUCUGAUAAGCAAGCAGAAGAAUUAGAACCAGUUCGUAAGAGCAAGCGAGUUCCCAAGAGGCGUGUACUUGACGGGGAAUUUGAUGAUGAUGAGGAUGAUGAGAUUCGGUACCUGGAGAAGCUUAAAACUUCAAAGUUUAACAAAGGGUCCAAAGAAGAUGAUGAAGAAUCAGGCAAGAAGCAUCGGAAACUUUCUGGGGUAUCUAAUGUGCAAAAUGGUGGGUCAUCAAGGUCAGGAAAAGAUGGUAAGAGGUCCAGAUUGGAUAGAGCAUCUGAGGAAACAGAUUUUGAAGAGGAUUCAGGGUCGGAUGGCGAACUUGAAGGAAAGAAAAAGAAGCAAAUGAAGGAGUCUGUUGAUUCCUUAGGGGAUAAUAAGAGGGAAAUGACUCUCACAACACGACAACGGGCCCUUCAGUCAAGCAAAGAUGCAGUACCUGGUACAAGCUUUAUUGAGUUUCCAAAUGGAUUGCCACCUGCCCCACCACGAAAGCAAAAGGAGAAACUUUCAGAACUAGAGCAGCAACUAAAGAAAGCCGAGGCUGCUCAGAGACGAAGGAUGCAGGUCGAGAAGGCUGCUCGAGAAUCUGAGGCCGAGGCUAUUAGGAAAAUUCUUGGUCAAGAGUCUAGCCGGAAAAAGCGGGAAGAUAAAUUGAAGAAGCGCAACGAAGAAUUGGCACAGGAGAAGGCUGCUAAUGCUAUGACGCUUGCAUCUAACACCGUCAGAUUGGUAAUGCGCCCUACUGGAACUGUAGUUACCUUCUCCGAGGAUAUGGGUCUCCCAAGCAUAUUCAACUCCAAACCUUGCAGUUAUCCUCCGCCACGCGAAAACUGUGCGGGACCAUCCUGUACUAACCCAUACAAGUAUCGAGAUUCCAAGUCUAAGCUUCCUCUUUGCAGUCUCCAGUGCUACAAGGCAAUCCAGGAAAAGGUGCUGACUGAAACUACAUGCUAAUGUUGCAAAGUAGUAAGUAUUGCCUAUAGCCCCCCCGCGUGCAUGCAGCAGGGAACUCGUGCAAUUAUGUUUCGGUAUAUCUUGUACUCGGAGAUUGGUGAAAGAUCAUAUUUUUGAGCUUAUUGUAGAGAGAAAUUCAAAGAACAGUUUUUUUUUUUUUUUUAAUGUGCUGUAAUUGUGCAGCUGUAUUAUUUCAAAAAACAAAAAGCCCAAAUUUUAGAAGUGAUUUAAUCUGUCAUCAUUUCA